AUGCAAACGGCCUUGAAUAGUUAUAACAGCCUCCUUGAACAGCUCGAGAAAAGCCAUUUUGACACCUUCGGCUAUUCGCCGAAUAAUUCGUCAUUGGUGUCUCUAUUGGUGUCCCCCAACGCUAAGAGCCAAGCGCCAUUGGCAGAAGAAUACAAAAUUGACGCAUUGAUUGAAAACCAGAGAGGCUUGAAGUUUUUUGGUGUUCCUCUCUUCAGCGGCAAGUCGCUUCUACCUGUUCUAGAUCCUCCUAUGUUCCAGCGUCUAAACGGCAAACGCGUGAAGCUCUCCUACGAUUCUCUCGACAACUAUGUUCUUCCUGAUUUCGGCUGGUCCUGGUCAUGGAGCUCAUGGUAUGUGUUGAUGCUUCAUGACGUAGAUGAGCUGGGUUGGGCAUAUCUGGGGGUUUGGGGGAAGUGGUGGCACGGGAAGUAUCGUUUUGGAGAUUGUGUUCGCCGGCGGGUAUGGGUGAGGAUGCGUCAACGAGCAUCAUCCUAG